AUUCUUCAUGUCCGACAAUCAGCCAUCUGCCAAAACAGAAAAAUCAAAGAAAAAUUGGUUUGCUCAGUCGACAAUUUCGAUUAAACUUUCUUACAAAUUAAGAAAACAAGAUCCAUCGCCAAAAAUUGAUUGGAAAGUAUUCUAUUGAUCAAUUUGGUGUUUAGUAGGGUUUGCUCUGUUUAAUAAGAUUUUUACUCCGCAAGAUUUUGUAUAACGUAAAUUGAAAUGGAAAAUAACUCUAGUAGCGGUGAUGAAAAUAAGAAUUCCCCUGAGAGCCCUAAUUUAGGUAGUAAAAAGGUGAAACUAAACGAUGGCAGCUCACAGGACAGUGUGAAGGAGACUGCAUCUGGUAGCAAGGAGGAGAAAGAUGAAAAUGUAGACAGUGGCGUAUCUGCCGAUAAAUCUGAAAGUACCAGUAGUGAUGAUCGUGCAACAGCAGCCGUAGAGGGCCCUGUUAACAAUGAGGUGGUGACUGUUGCCCCAUCUAGUAGCAACAUUCGGGCAAUCUUUCUAAAUAUAAGACACCCAAGGAGGACAAGGUUUUAUAGAAAACGCAAGAUUCAUGGUAGGGGGCAGAGUGAUUCUGAUGCCUCUUCAAGGGAUUCCGACGAUUUAUCAGUUGAGGAAAUCCCAGAGAGAUCAAUGAAUGUCACAUUAGAUUUAGAUACUGCUUCAGACUUCUCAAAUGGAUCACCUAGUCCAAGCGGCAGCUCCUCUUCAAGCUCAACCACCACAUCAUCAGAUAGUAAUGACAGCUACGAAAGUAAUGGAAUAAUACAAGCCACUGGAAUCACCGACAGUGGUGAUCCACCCACCUGGUACAGGCCAAAUGGAGACCAAAACGAGGACCAGGGGAAAAUGCCAUCUGUGCUGUUGAAGACACAGCCUAAACAUAAAUACCAGAUACUUAGAGAGGUAAUCAAUCGUGAAAUGGGCCUGACAUUUCCUUGCGGCAAAACGAUACAAAAUGACUUGAUGUUUGAGCGAAAAUUCUACGGAUCACUGCAUGCUGUCUACAGAAUGGAAAAAUUGCAUGCUCUAGUCAAACAUAGGGGCUGUGUCAACGCUAUUAAUUUCCAUCCAGAAGGUCGUCUGCUAGCAUCUGGAUCGGAUGACACCACUGUAAUUAUAUGGGAUUGGGCAAAGAAGACACCUCUACAAACUAUUAAAACUGGCCACAAAUCCAAUGUUUUUCAGAGCAAAUUCCUCUACCUUAAUGCUCAGAGUCAACUUAAUAUAGUCACAUGCGCUAGGGAUGGGCAGGUCCGGUUACUGCAGUGCCCCACCAGCGGCGGCUCGCCCACCCGGCGUCGCCUGGCGUCGCACAAGCGCGCGGCGCACAAGCUGCACGUGUCGGCGGCGGACCCGCACGUGGUGGUCUCCGCGGGGGAGGACGGGCUUGUCAUCAUGUCCGACGUGCGAGUAGAGCAUACUGUCAAGAACUUCCACCUGUGCUCGUUCCCGCUGUACAGCAUGGCGGGGCACCCGCUCAACAAGCACCAGUUGCUGCUGGCGGGGCAGGACAAGUUCGUGCAGGUGUACGACACGCGCCGCGCCACGCAGCCCGUGGCCAUGUACUGCCCCGGGCACUUCCACGACGCGCCGGCCCAAGGUCUGCGCCGCAAGUCCGCUAUGCACUUAACGUGCGCGGUGUACAAUCACGACGGCACCGAGAUACUGGGUUCCUAUAACGACGAGGACAUCUACCUGUUUGACGUGCAGAAGGAUGUUUAUAACAAAGAUUCGACCGAUGUCAAAGAUGGAUAUACGCAUCGGUAUAGUGGACAUCGAAACAUUGCUACAUUCAAGGGAGUCUCGUUCUUCGGCCCCAAAAGCGAGUACAUCGUGUCCGGGUCGGACUGCUCCUACAUCUACAUCUGGGAGAAGGAGUCGCAGGCGAUCGUGCAGUGGAUGGAGGGCGACCUAAAUGGCGUGGUAAACUGCAUAGAAACCCACCCCCGCUUCCCAGUGAUGGCGACUAGCGGCCUCGACAAGGACGUCAAGAUAUGGAUACCAAAGAAGGAAAACGAUCCCGAUUUCAAAGGAAUGAAAAAGGUGGUACGCGAAAACAGUUUCUCACCGCACCGUCCGCUGUUCAACGAUUUCCUACCGUCUCUGUACAGCGCUUGGCGUAACGACUCGCGGACCAACCACCCCGAUAACGAUACCUUACCACCGCACGGAGGGAAUAUAGAGUUCGACGGAAAUGUCUGUACUGCUGUAUAAGACGUAAUCCGUGUUCAGUGUCACUCGUGAAUGAACGUAAAUCUAGCGUUCAAUAAUUUACUAGAUAUGCAGUUAUUAUCU